CUUGUAGUAAUCUUUCCUUCGAAGGACGCCCCGUAUGCUUCUUUUAUGAAGUUAUUCUCGAAGACUGUCUUUGUAUUAAGAGGCUGAAGUCAGCUUCCUACUCAAAUUUCGGGCAGUGACAGUAACUGCUGCGCCACUUAAGGUGGAACGGCGAAAUUCAAACAAGAAACAGGCGAACAAGAAGCAGCGCCGUCUUUCAGUUUGAGUCAGUUCAACCAGGCUGGUCUAAGCCACUGAAUAGAGGACACAUCCAGCUUCAAUCACGUUUAGAAAGAUUUAGUUACCUGAAAACGACAGACCUGCAAGUCAGAAGGUCAAGCACCAAUGUUGGUUAACGUUUACGGUUAAAACCAGAGAUGGAGACGCUGGGCUACAAUGUCAUCCUUUUCCCGUUUCUCCUGUUUGUCCUGAAGGUUGUCAACAUCAGAGCUGAGUGUGAAAGACCCAACAUUGGAGAAAAUAGAGUUUUGACUUCUGAACCAGACAAACCGCCUUACUUAAAUGGAUCCACUGCAACAUUCAGAUGUUCAUACGGUUAUAAAGCUGUCCAUUUUAGAGCCAGCAAAUCUAUUAUGUGUAUCGACGGCCAAUGGACAGAACUGAAACUUCAAUGCCAAAAAAGGUCCUGUGGAAGUCUACCUGAUAUCCCCAAUGGGAAAUUUUUACUUGAACAAGGAAUUGAGUUUGGCGCGACAGCUGUUGCAGAAUGUAACAUGGGCUAUUACCUUGUUGGACAACAAUACAGAUAUUGCGAGAAUUCUGGAUGGAGUGGGAGAAACCCUACCUGUGAAGUGGUGAAAUGUCUUGAACCUCCCUCAAUAGUAAAUGGAGAACUUGAGGAUGUGUCCUACGAGAUGUAUGAAUAUGGACAAGCAGUCACAUACCGUUGUAAAAGAGGGUUCACUCUUAUUGGACAGGCAACAAUAUCAUGCUCAAUCAAUGGAACUUUUGAUCCUUCUCCUCCUCAGUGUUUAGUCGUCGCCUGUGAGAAACCCAACAUUCCAAAUGGAAAGAGAGUUGAAGGAACAAUGCCACCCUAUAAAUACAAAUCCAGCCUCCGAUAUGAGUGUCAACUUGGCUACAAAAUGAAUGGGUCGGGUACCAUGGUCUGUGAAGUAAGUGGCUGGGUCCCACCUCUUGUAAAUUGCACCGUGAUCACAUGCCCAGCUCCUCCUGGUACAGAGAAUGGACGAAUUAAUGAGCCACUCAGGGGUGUUUAUACAUAUGGACAAACUGUGACAUACUCGUGUAAUGAAGGCUUUAAACUUAUUGGAGCUUCAGAAAGAACGUGUUCUGGUGAUGAAACCUUUCAACGUUCUCCUCCUCAGUGUCAGGUGAUCACAUGCCCAGCUCCUCCUGGUAUAGAGAAUGGACGAAUUAAUGAGCCACUCAGGGAUGUUUAUACAUAUGGACAAGCUGUGACAUACUCAUGUAUGAAAGGCUUUAAACUUAUUGGAGCUUCAGAAAGAACGUGUUCUGGUGAUGAAACCUUUCAACCUUCUCCUCCUUGGUGUCAGGUGAUCACAUGCCCAGCUCCUCCUGGUAUAGAGAAUGGACGAAUUAAUGAGCCACUCAGGGGUGUUUAUACAUAUGGACAAACUGUGACAUACUCAUGUAAUGAAGGCUUUAAACUUAUUGGAGCUUCAGAAAGAACGUGUUCUGGUGAUGAAACCUUUCAACCUUCUGCUCCUCGGUGUCAGGUGAUCACAUGCCCAGCUCCUCCUGGUAUAGAGAAUGGACAAAUUAAUGAGCCACUCCAGGAUGUUUAUACAUAUGGACAAACUGUGACAUACUCAUGUAUGAAAGGCUUUAAACUUAUUGGAGCUUCAAAAAGAACGUGUUCUGGUGAUGAAACCUUUCAACCUUCUGCUCCUCGGUGUCAGGUGUUGAAAUGUCUAAGACCUCAUAUGCAGGCCGGACAACUUGAACCAGAUCAAGAGUCAUAUGAGUAUGGACAAGAAGUCAUUUACCAUUGUAAAAUACUCUUCUACAACAGAGCUUCAAAAGCGGUCUGUUCUGAUGAAGGAGACUUUAUUCCUACUCCUCAUUGUGUGGGUCACUAUGGGAUUUUGCUGUUUAUUUCACUGGUACUCCUCUUGUUGCUGGCUGCUGCUGUGGUGUAUUUAAUGAAGAAAAAGAAACACUGUAGACGUGUUUACUCUGGAAAAGUGGCCACUAUAAUUGAAGAGUGCGAGUUAUAGCACACUCACUAUCCUGAUCCAACCGCUAUUCCCCGGGCAUACAGUACUCCAAGGAGGAAUCGUCACUCAAAUAACAUGGCAUACACCAAAUGUAAGCUUGACUGGAUGUGCUCUUCGGGUUUAUUCAAAUGCUGGGCGAGUUUUUACGCAGUGAAAAAAGCGAUGGUUUGAAUUUCCUUGAUUCAAAUGUGUAUAUCAUUUGAUAUAUAUGAUUUAUUUCUUAUGUUUUUUACUUUUGAGAGUAAUUGUGUUUAUGUUGUAUAUUUUAUUUGUGUAGAAAUGAUGCACAAAUUUAAAUCGGGUAAAUUCAGUGCAGUUAUUUUUCUACUGUGGCUGAUUUUGAAGGCCCAUGCUGACCAUGAAUGUAAUUUGAUUGAGAUCAAAACUGGUGUUUGUUAAGACUUCUGAGUGAAUAUAUCACUGUUCAUUAGAUAAGAUGUGUGUGCUUCUUAAUGCAGUGUCUGCUCUGUUCUCUGAUUGUGCAAACCAUACAGUGUUAAUUCUUUCACAGCUGUGCUCAAACCAGUGACUUUUGUCAUUGUCUUAGCUUUUACUGUAAAGUACGUUAACAUCAUUCAGUGGUGGACAGCCAUGAAUCAGAUGGAGUUACUGAUGUUACUUCUGUAAUAUUUUAAGGCACUUUUCCUUUUAUUCAACAUUUGUAUAUUUUGUCCACCACUAUUUAAUUGUUAUUAGGGAUGCAUCGAUGCCAUUACUGAUAUGGGGUAUUGGACCUAUACUAUGCUCAUUUACUCGUACUGAAUAAUGCUUAUUAGCAUUUGCCUACCACCUGAUACCAUGUAACAUAAGCCUAGUGGUCGCUAUUAUGUUAGUGAACAAACGACCCUUGCUGCCGGUAAAGGGCAGAGCUAUCUGCAGGGGCUGUGUUUAAUGUGGCAUGUCAGUUGGAUCAAGUAUUUUUGUAAAGUGUGAAUAUAUAAAUCGUAGGCCUUGUCCAUACACAAAGAUCUAUUCAAACAUACUGUGUGAGGAACAAGAAUUUUAAAAUCACAGUGUAUGUCUGGCUUUAAAGAACAUUUAACCACAGCUCAACUAACCAACCAGCCAAAAAUACUACUAAUAAAAAAUACUAAUAAUAUUAGUCACAGAGACUGUUGUUGAAAAAACAGAUGAGAAACAUGGAUCAGAACUAUGAAACAUACUUUACCUACAGCUAUAUAGAAGUGUUUUUCUGAUGUGGAACUAAACCCUGCUCUUUUCCACUGCAGCACUGUUUGAUCAGAGGUAACUUGGAUAUCUAAUGCAUGUCAUUACUAAUGCAUAAAAGCAGCUAGAUUUAAUGUUUUAACUGUUAAUGUACAUUGCCCUCAUUACACUAGAAACUACUUCAUUCUAAGGAGAUUGCUCAUUGGGAUGUUAAUAAUGUAAUUCUGCAGCAAAAUCUGUAGCUUUGCACUGAAAUGUGUGUAGUCUUGUGAAAGGCUGUUGAGACUGUUAAUUUUGAAUUGUUCAUAUGUGCUUGUCCAAGAUUACUCCAAAGGUCCAUUUAAAAGGCAGUACUGAACAAUAGAACUAUUUAUUACAUGCCAAAACUUCCAGAUUUGCUAAGCACUUUUUACUUUUAGUUGUCUGGUUCUACUGAAUAAUAUUGAGCUGGAUGUAAAUUUUUUUUGUAAUGCGUUGUUGACCUUUAACAUGGAAAGAUACUAUUUUUAUGCUUAUAAUUUCAGCCAUGUUAAAACUUACGCCCACAUACUUUGUAUGUGUUUGUGAAAGUAUAGUACUGUGCUAAAGUCAGAGAACACCCUUCGUUUUAUUUCAUUUCCACUCAGAAUAGACAUUUUCCAGAAGAUGUUACUGAAGAGAUGAGCUAAAAUUGCAUGAAAAAGCAGAAAGUCAAAGAAAAAAGGAAAAAUUUAAGAGCUUCCAAAUAUCGGGUGGAGCAUUCAGGAAACAGGAUAAAUUAAUAUUCAUGCACAUAUUUCUGGUCAUUUGAGAUUCGUCUUGGUUUCAAAGAUCAAUAUCUUUAUCAACUGUAAAGUUGCAUUUUAUAGAGCCUUAAUAACAAAAAUAAAGAGCUCAGGCACCAGGGUAAAGUGCAUUGCUAUGAAGAAGCUGUUACAGAGAAAAGGCUGCGGACUAAAGAAGACAAUUUGCAAACCAACCAAAGAAGCUGCUGCUGCUUUCAAAGCAAUGCACUGACCGCUGCAGAAUCCAGACCUCAACAUCAUUGAAUGUGUUUGAAAUUACUUGGAUGCUGAGAAGCAAAAAAUGCAACCAACUGAAUUGAACAAUGUUCUGUAAUGCUCUGUUCUAUUUUGUCUCAGCUUUUUUUUUUGAUGGUAAAAAAUGAAUAUUUUGUACAUAAUAGCCAUUUUAACUGGAAAAUAAAUAAACACAGGGUGUUCUCUUACAUUUGCACAGUACUGUUUGAGUUUUAUAACUAUCUUGAGUUAAAUGAGCUUAACUCUAUAACAUUUUACAAUGUAGAUCAGUCAAACACACAAAAAUUUGCUUAUGCUUCCUAAAAGAAGUUGGCUUAGUUUUAUUUUUAGCUUGUUCACUGUUUUAAAUGUUGUGCUUGAAAGCUGGAACUUUCAUAGUUUUUCUCUUCAUUCUGAGUUUAAAAGCCACUGCUGAGUGAAUAAUGGCUAUUAAAAAUAAUUAAAUGUGUUUGGAAUGAGCAGAUUAAAGAUUGACAUACACCUCAA